AUGGCGCUUCUAAGCCAGCUGAGUGGCCACAUCAACUCCACCUGUGGAGCAGAGAACUCCACGGGGGCCAGCCAAGCCCGCCCACAUGCCUACUAUGCCCUCUCCUACUGCGUGCUCAUCCUGGCCAUCGUCUUCGGCAAUGGUCUGGUAUGUGUGGCAGUGCUGAGGGAACGGGCUUUGCAAACCACCACCAACUACCUGGUGGUGAGCCUGGCCGUGGCGGACCUGCUGGUGGCCACCUUGGUGAUGCCCUGGGUGGUGUACCUGGAGGUAACAGGUGGAGUCUGGACUUUCAGCCGAAUUUGCUGUGAUGUUUUCGUCACCCUGGAUGUCAUGAUGUGUACAGCCAGCAUCCUGAACCUCUGCGCCAUCAGCAUCGACAGGUACACUGCAGUGGUCAUGCCAGUCCACUACCAACAUGGCACAGGACAGAGCUCCUGUCGGCGUGUGGCCCUCAUGAUUACAGCCGUGUGGGUACUAGCCUUUGCCGUGUCUUGCCCUCUCCUCUUUGGCUUCAACACCACAGGAGACCCCACCGUCUGCUCCAUCUCCAACCCUGAUUUUGUCAUCUACUCUUCAGUGGUGUCCUUCUACCUGCCCUUUGGAGUGACGGUCCUUGUCUAUGCCAGGAUCUAUGUGGUGUUGAGACAGAGGAGACGGAAACGGAUCCUCACUCGACAGAACAGUCAGUGCAUCAGUGUCAGACCUAGCUUCCCACAACAACCACUAUCCCCUGGCCGGGCACACCUGGAGCUGAAGCGCUACUACAGCAUCUGCCAAGAUACUGCCUUGGGGCAACCAGGCUUCCAAGAAGCAGGAGGAGAGUUGAAAAGGGAGGGGAGGACUCAGAACUCCCUCAGCCCCACCAUGGCACCCAAGCUCAGCUUAGAGGUUCGAAAACUCAGUAACGGCAGGUUGUCGACAUCUCUAAAGUUGGGGCCCUUGCAAUCCCGCGGAGUGCCACUUCGGGAGAAAAAGGCAACCCAGAUGUUGGCCAUUGUGCUUGGGACCUUCAUUGUCUGCUGGCUGCCCUUCUUUUUGACCCACGUUCUCAAUACCCACUGCCAAGUCUGCCAUGUGUCCCCAGAGCUUUACAGCGCCACCACGUGGCUGGGCUACGUGAACAGUGCCCUCAACCCUGUGAUCUAUACCACCUUCAAUGUUGAGUUCCGUAAAGCUUUCCUCAAGAUCCUGUCUUGCUGA